UUAAGGAAGAUGUGGUUUAAUGGGUUGGUUGUGGUUGCUGGGUGGGGACACACACAAAGACUGGUAUUAAGAAGGAACUGGGAGAGAGGUUGGUCCAGACGGAGUGAUAGCUGAGAUCAAUGCAGUACUGCAGACCGGACAAAUACGGAGGACUCGCCCAUUCUGGCCAAAUGAACAAACACUCCUCUUUUAGCCAAACCAAUACAAAUUCUAACAAUGAUAAGAGUGGUAUGAUGAGAAAAAAGGAGUCCUGUGCUUCUUCUGAGAUCUGCAGAGCACAGAACUCUAAAAACAGUGCCAGAUAUGUGAUUCCACACAGCCAGGAGCACAAAGAGCAUGCUUUGUCACCAGAGCCUCCCUCUGAUGUAACCCAGCAGAGGAGGCCAGCAGAGAUUUGCAAGAGUGAGAAAUCUAGAGAUUUAAUUGUGGGGAAGAAGAAGAAGAAGAAAGAACCACAGCCUCCUCAGCGCAGAGUAUCUCUCCUUCAACCUCAUACAGAAUUACAUUCUUCAACCAAACGAUACUCCUGUCCAACUUUUAACUCCUCUCCCACCUCCUCCAUCCCCUCCCACUUCUCCCCAACCUUUGUCCAGACUUCUGUCAUCACCGGCCAUGACCCUCUAGGCUGGAAGUUACGCCCAAAGUCCAGUUCCACCACUCUAAAGGCCCGCACUAACAGACUGUCUCUACAAAUCCCCCUCCCUGUCAUAUUUCCUGACCCUAAAUCUAGUCCUACACUGAACAUUCAAUCAGAUACUCACAAUCCAGAUCCCACUUCUAAAGCAACAGCAGUACGUUCCUACUCUGUAUCCUCAGACUUCCUCUCCCCACGAACCCCCGGGCCUGUAACACUUGAGGACCUCUUAGAUGUGCAUCUCUGCCAUGUCUCCAUUUCUGAUGAAUCUGAAGACGUUUUCAUCAAUGAGAGUGAAAAGGAAGUGAAGACGACUGCUCGACUAUGCAAAUCACCACCACCUGUUCCAGAAAAAUCAUCCAUGGCAAGAGAAGUUGCUCGUCAGAUUGCUUCGUCACGCCAACACUGUAGGCCUGAAGCCAAAAACCUAAAUGGAUUUUGCAGACAGAGGACCAAAGAAUAAAACCGCAGGGCUGAGGAUAGGAGCUAGGACAAGGAGAAUUCCCCUGGAAGCUUCCAUGGCUGAUGAGACUGAGAGGGCAGAACUGAUUCUCCUUCAACCUCUGACGUCACCAGUUAACAGGAAUGAUUUUACAGGUCACAUGGUACAUGUCUGUGGUCGACAUAUCAUUUAUAUAAAGAGUUUAAAUUCUUAAAGACACUAUGAGGAGUUUUUAACUGGCUGAGAAACAGACUGAAACUGAUACUGAUGCCUCUUUAUGACCCUCAAAACAAACAAGACCAUCUACAACAA